GCCAAAAAGAAAAGGGAAAGUUGGUUGAACUACGUCGUUAUAAGACAUACUUCCAGAUCAUGGUGUAACCUCGUCGCCAAAGUUCGAGAGAAACCCUCUUUCGUUUCGGUAAAGGGAACUAACCACUUUUGUCUUGUUAUUGUUACAAUGAUCUUCUCUUAGUUUAAGUAAGGGAGAUAGAUAGCUAGAGAGUGUGUUGGAUCGAUCUCAAAGGGUAGAGAAGAUAAUCAAGAAAUGAUGUCAACAACAUCCCAAACUAAUGUUAACCAUAGCUUGUUUGAAGAGCAAGAUCAGAUCCCUACGCAGAUGGGGUUGUUCAAUAUUCCUUUCCCACCAAACCAAACAUACCCUCCUUUGGGUUGCCAAACAGGCACUUUGAAAUCCAUCAGUGCAAUAGCUCCUUCACUUUCAUCUGCUACAAGUUUUUCUGAAACCCUACUUUCAACCGCAGUUCAAAGACCACGAGAAGAUCUCACUUCAAAUUUGCUAGCUGGAGGAGGAGGCCAACUCCUUUCCUUGAGCAGAUCCAGAGUGAAUUCAUGGGCAUGGGAAGAAGUAAGCGAUUGUUUGAUGGGUAAAAGAAUUGGAGGAGAUGAUAAUCAUCAUCUAGGGGUUUCUGCCAUGAAGAUGAAGAAAAUGAAAGCAAGGAGAAAGGUGAGGGAGCCAAGGUUUUGCUUCAAGACUAUGAGCGAUGUAGAUGUGUUGGAUGAUGGCUACAAGUGGAGGAAGUACGGACAGAAAGUGGUAAAGAACACACAACACCCGAGAAGCUACUACCGUUGCACACAAGAUAACUGUCGAGUAAAGAAACGCGUGGAGCGCUUGGCAGAGGAUCCAAGGAUGGUGAUAACCACAUAUGAAGGGAGACACGUGCACUCGCCAUCAAAUGAACUUGAAGACUCGCAAACCCCUUCUGAACUUAGUAAUUUCUUGUGGUAGUUUACACCAACAUAAUGUUUACAUAUAUGUAUAUUUUAAUCGUAGAGAGUAGAGAUCGAUGAAGACCGAAUAAGUAGAGAGGAAUGAGUAAAAAUUGACAGUGUAUCUUGGAAAUGAUGCAUGCAUGCUUUGUUUGGUUCAUUGUCAAUUUUCACUCGUUUCCAUCCAUUCCUCCCAUUUUCACCCUUUCCAAGAGCACAAUAAAUAUACAUAUACAGUUGUGCUUUUUUUUCUUC